GAUGAGGUCAAGCCGAAUAUUCCUGUAGUUUCUUACGGACUCGAUCUGAAGUACUGGGGAGAACAGCGUUGUGAAGCCCCUAUUCCUCGUAACAAUGCAGAUUGUCAUCGAUUUUGGAGAGCUGCAGAAGAUGACGAUCGACCCGUCGAGAGAGAGUCUAGUGGAGAAAUCAGAGUGAUAACAUGGAUAGGAGAGCCACAGCGAGCGGAGAGACGUUGCAAGGCAAGGCUGUCAAAUGGAAAACUUUGUCCGAGAAUGGACUUGCGCAAAUGUCCACUUCACGGCAUAAUAAUUGAUAGAGAUAGCGAAGGUUUUCCUUUGGAAGAGGUUGAUGCAACCGAGUUGUCCGCUGCUCAAGCUGAACGAGAACACCAAGAAGAGCAAGAUUACUUGAGAGAUCUCGAAGCUGGUACUGGAAAGUCGUUUAAGAAGCUUCUCAAUCCGAGAACCAUAAAACGUGUUUCCGCUGCUCUUGACGCUGCACGUAAAGCUCGGCUCCAGAGGAAGUUCGGGGACCAGUUCGCUCAUUUGCCUUCCAAAUGA